AAGAGGCUGAGCGAAAGAAUUCGAAACGGCUGAGUCUGUAUUUUCAAAACCACACAGAGAGAGGUGAAAAUGAGCCUUUGGGUGGACAAAUAUCGGCCGACAUCUCUGGCGAAGCUGGAUUUUCAUAAGAAACAAGCAACCCAUUUGAAGCGAUUGGUGGCUGGAGGGGAUUUCCCCCACCUGAUGGUGUUCGGGCCGUCUGGGGCAGGGAAAAAGACUCGGGUGAUGUGUCUACUGAGGGAGCUGUACGGCUCAGGGGUGGAGAAGCUCAAGAUUGACACACACACCUUUACCACGCCUUCCAAGAAGAAGAUUGACAUAUCCGCUGUGUCAAGUAAUUACCACAUAGAGGUGAAUCCGAGUGAUGUAGGCUUUCAGGACCGUGUUGUUAUUCAGGAACUGAUCAAAAACGUGGCUCAGGUCAAUCAGUUGGAUUCCGUGUCACAAAGAGACUUUAAAGUGGUGGUUCUGACAGAAGUGGACAGACUGAGCAAAGAUGCUCAACACGCACUGCGCCGCACCAUGGAAAAAUACAUGGCCACAUGUCGACUCAUCCUCUGUUGUAACUCCACCAGUAAAGUCAUAGAAGCUGUGCGUAGUCGAUGUUUGGGAAUUCGGGUACCAGCUCCAUCUAUUGAUGAGAUUUGUGGCAUUUUACAGACAGUGUGUAAGAAGGAAGGGCUGACAUUACCAGUAGAGCUGGCUCGGAGAGUUGCCGAGAAGAGUCAGCGUAACUUGAGGCGGGCUUUGCUGAUGUGUGAAGCAUGUCGAGUACAGCAGUACCCAUUCAGCUCUGACCAAACUGUGACAGAGCCAGACUGGGAAUUGUACUUGAGGGAAACGGCCAAUCUUAUAGUACAGCAGCAGAGUCCGAAAAGAUUACUGGAGGUCAGAGGUCGUCUGUAUGAGCUGAUCACGCACUGUAUUCCUCCAGACGUCAUCAUGAGGGGUCUGCUGCAAGAACUAAUCAAAAACUGUGAUGGCCAGCUUAAGCCAGAAGUGGUACAGUCUGCAGCAUUCUUUGAACACCGACUUCAGAUGGGACAGAAAUCUAUCUACCAUUUGGAGGCCUUUGUUGCCAAGUUCAUGGCCAUUUAUAAACGUUUCCUGGAGGAAGGAAUAGCAGAUCUUUUCUGAUUCCUGAUCAAAAUGCAAUGCUGUGCAUCCUGAGAAGGUGAAGAGUGACAAUGACAUGAUUUGUGUUCAAUAUUGACUGUGUUAUUAUUUAGUACACUGUGCUUGUUUGGAAGACAGAGGCUGUUGAUUGUCCUAUUAUGAAUGUUGGCAGUGAUGUUAUGGCUGCUAUGUUGAGUGGCAUACAGGUGAAGUUUUCAUUCGUACAGUAAUACUGCCAAAGUCUGAUGUUGACAGGUGCCCAGAUUAAUUCACACAAAUUCAAUGCCUUCUGUUACUUACGUCAGUUGACCUAAUUGGGUUUAGUUGCGAAGAAGUGAAUUUUACAAUGGAACAUGUACAUGUAGGAAAAUACCACAGCAGGGGCGAACGUGGCGUUACGAAGGAAUGUCGAAAGCUGUUGAGGACCGAUUAUAAUGUGUAUGUGAGUGGAGGCUGGAGUGGUGUGAAACCAGUGUUGAUAUGCAAAAACAAAUUACAUUAUCUGCUACUUGUAAUAAUGGAAUUGAAAUGGGUUACCUUGUGUACAUAAAGCUUGACAGGUCUGAUUAUAUAUGGUGAAUUAUCAAGGUUGGAAUAAAGCACGUUAUUUUAUCCUUAAUUUCAUUAGUUCCUUUUUUUUGUAUUGAUUAUAGAACAAAACUUGCACAAACCAAAUUGAUAAGCUGUCCUCACUGUGCUGUUAAUCCACAAAAAUGUUGUUUGUAGAUAUGACAAAAACAAACAAAUAAACU